CCGAGGAUGACCAGAGUCUCGGAGAACGAGUAUAAAUGAUCUAUUUAACUACGCUACCUUUUCAAAUCUCUUAUUAAAGGGCAUUUUACAUCAUAUCAAAGGUAAAUUUCUGUCGAAUUCAAGAGCUAACCAUUGAAAUGAGACUUGUGGAUUGCAGACACUACAUUAUAUACACUUUAUGAACACCAUGCACAUAUAAUGAUCAGCAGAUUCUUCGGAUUGUACUACAUGGGACAUAACAAGAGUUUUCACUUGAUCUCCUUCAUCUUCCUCCAAUGCUGUUCUUCCAUCCACUGCGUUAGAAGCAGUUUUGAUGAUGAUCUAGCUGCCAUUCUUCACGACCGUGCUUUCAAAGCUCUAAUCAAUGAACGUCCACAUACCGGAGCCCUACACAAUGCCAGUCUCCCGGCAAACUUAGCAGGCAUUAAGGUUUCGGCUGUCGGGCUCAGGAGCAAAACCCUGUGGAGAAAAGGUGCAAAUUUCAGCGGUUUUCGUAUCCCUCCGAAAUCUCUACCAGUGCCUUAUGUGAGGAGAAUUCUCAUUGUUUACCAUAAUCUUGGCAACUGGUCUUCUUUAUACUACAACUUAUCAGGUUAUUCCCUGAUAAGCCCUGUUAUUGGGUUUAUGGUUUAUGAUGCAUCCCAUUUGAGCAGCAGGAGCAAAAAUUUCUCAAAACUCGAGCUCAACACAAUGAGGAAACCUAUUUCAAUUGAAUUUCACAUAUCAUUGUUAGACAAAAGCACACGAGGAAGAGUAAAAUGUGCUGCAUUUGAUGCUUAUGGGAAGGUGUUUCUAAGUGGAAUGAACUUUCCUAAUGUGUGUUACAGUAAAACUUUAGGCCAUUUUUCGAUUGUCAUUCCGAACAAGAAUAAGCCGAAGGUGCGGGUUUUGUGGGUUAUCGUGUUUUUGUUCGGGUUCUUGGGGUUGAUCUUAGUGGGAUUGGGUGCAACCGUAGUUGUAAAAUCUGUAACAGAAAGGAAAACUCAAGGCAUGGAAAAGGAAGCUGAUGAUGGAGAGUUCCUCGAAACAUAUUGGAUCAAUAGCAGCAAAAUUCCUCGUGCAGCAGUAACAAGAACUACUCCCGUACUCGAGAGUACGAACCUUCCAAGAUGGUCUUGGUAUGGUUAAGUUUUUUGUUUGAAUUUUUUCAAUUAUUUCGAUUGGAAUCGAUUGAUUUACUUGCUUCUUUUUCAUUUUUUUCCCCCGCUAAUAUGAUGUGGAUUUUUGAUAUGGUUGCAUAAUCUUGAUAGUAGAUAAUAGUGAGUAAAAAAAACACGUUAUUGUGUCGUUUUCCUUAAACGUUGUGCAUAAAAACUUCCUAGGUAAAAUGGAUCAUUAUGCAGC